AAAGCUACGAUAUAGUCGCUGUAAGGCCCAUAAAUCAGAAUGCUUUCGAGCAGGCUUGCCAAACCUCUGAGGUUGAUAUCAUUGCUAUUGAUUUUUCCGAGAAGUUGCCAUUUCGGCUCAAGCAAUCGAUGGUGAAAGCUGCCGUUAAGCGUGGGGUGUAUUUUGAGAUCAGUUAUUCGAGUCUCAUUGUAGAUGCUCAAGUGAGGAGGCAAACAAUAUCUAAUUGCAAGCUACUGGUGGAUUGGACUCGAGGGAAGAAUCUUGUCAUCUCAAGUGCUGCUGCUUCUGUGUCUGAACUUAGGGGGCCUUAUGAUGUUGCAAAUUUGUUUUCACUGAUUGGGCUGCCAUUUGAACAUGCUAAGGCUGCUGUUUCCAAGAAUUGUAGAUCUGUCAUAGUCAAUGCAUUGAGGAAAAAGCAUUACUAUAAGGACGCAAUAAAAGUAGAAGUAAUGCCUUCUAGUGGAAAAGUUAAUCCCAAGGAAAGUGUAUUUAGUGACUGGCUUAAGUGGGAUCCCAUUUCGAGUGGCGAAGGUGACUUGCUAUUAGAUGACAUUGAGAAGUCUUUCUCAGCUUCUGGUAGUGUACAUAAUACUGUGAAAACUGUUGGAUUUGCCUCAGCUUUAAAUAGCCUCCCUUCUCAUGGUUUGCAGAUUAAGGAGAUUUUAUCCGCUGUAGAGUCUGCAUCUGAGGCACUGGAUAUUGGUAAAAACCUGUCUGGUGCUGAUGAGUCUAAGUUAACUGUUUCAGUAUCUGGGAUAUCUGAAGAGUUGUCAAGGACUAAUCUUCUGCCUGAAGAAAUUCAGACUUCUGAGAAUGAUAGGCAUCAGAGCCCCAGACAUCAAGAUUCUGAAAUGCGAACUCUGCCUAAUGGAUCUGUAAAUGAUUCUACUCUAGCGGAAAAAGAGAUUAACCAUGUGGUUGCCACAAUGGAAUUGAAAACUGCAAAGGACUUGGAUGCAGACUUACCUGCUUCUGAUAGAGAAUUUCAUAAUUUGCAUUCACAAAGUUGCCUAGAUAGUUAUGAACAGGUCCCUCUAGCAGAUCAUAUGACAAACCGCUAUAGUGCAGAUGAUGCUGACACAGCUCAUACCUGUCAUGAUAUUGCCAAUGCGGAAAUUCUUUUUUCAUUCAAAAGAUGUUUUAUCCACUUUCCAUGGUGA